AUCGCUCAAAAAUAUAAUUUGGAAUGUGUUAUUUGGAAAAAUAUUUCCUAAAAAAUAUAUUAGUUUGGGGAAAAUGUAAACAGAAAGAGAAUUUCACUCUGGUUUUUCAUAUUUUAGGGAGGGAGAGGAGGAAGAAGUACUUGAUAAUUUAUUGCAAGUUGCAAGUGAUAUCAGUUUAAUAUUCCACGCAAAAAACGGCGUGCGUCAGACAUCCCUCUUUAUACCUUUUCCCUUCCUCCCGAGGUGGGAAACAGCCCAGACGAGCUGUACUUGUCCUGCAAGGGUUGUUGUUUUGCGCAAUGCAAUGCAGUGGGUGAAUCUCGGAAAAUGGGAAUAAAGAUUGCAAUUUUUUACGAAGGAGUUUCAAAAAAUUAAUUGGGCGUGCGUGUUGGUGUUUAUUCAAGUUGUUAUGGAAGGGAACGGUGAUUUGAAUGUGCGCAAUUGGGGUUUUUAUGAACCAACAGCAUCCUUUAAGGGUCAUCUAGGGUUGCAGCUCAUGUCGCCUUUGGCUGAAAAGCAUCUGCUUAACGGACGCAAUGCUGCAAUUAUGCCUGGUGCAAAUAGAGGUUUUCAUCAUAGGGACUGGGGUUUUUCGCAUUCACAAGCACCUAUCCCUAUGGAGCACAUGAGGGAUGCUUGGAUAAACCCGAGAGAGAAACUUAUGGGUGUGUUACCUGGAAACCACCCUAAUUUUGGUGUUGCACCUGAGGUUCCUGGAUCUCAUACUAUGCCCAUCCUUCAACCUCCCAGUUCAUCAAAGGAUGAUCAGGUGAUUCAAAUGGAAGAGGCAAGUGGGGAAAAAGACAAUGGUCGUUCAAAGAAAAGGUCAGCAGGCAAAGCCCCAAAAUCCCCAAAGACAAAAAAGGCGAAGAAAGCUUCUGCCAUUUUGAAGGAUGGGAGCAGUAGUUCUGCGAAAGGAACAAGGUCUGUGAAGAAAAAUGUGGGAGUUGUUAUAAAUGGGAUUGAUAUGGAUAUUUCGGGUAUUCCUGUACCAGUUUGCUCAUGCACUGGAAUUCCUCAGCAAUGUUAUCGAUGGGGCUCUGGAGGGUGGCAAUCUGCUUGCUGCACAACAGGAAUGUCAGUAUAUCCCUUGCCAAUGAGUACCAAGAGGCGUGGGGCAAGGAUAGCGGGAAGGAAAAUGAGCUUGGGAGCAUUUAAGAAGGUCUUGGAGAGACUUUCUGUAGACGGUUAUAAUUUUUCUAAUCCAAUUGAUUUGAGGACUCACUGGGCAAAACAUGGUACCAACAAGUUUGUCACCAUCAGGUAGAUCUGUAACAUGGAUUCUGUAAUUUGGGUCCAAUUGCUUUUGAUCAGUUUUUUCAUGUGUAUAUAUACAUUUACAAUUUGGCCUUUUGCAGAUGGUUCUAAUUUAGUUUGUAGCUUUCCCUGGUAGCUUGCUUCCUGAAUUUUUUGCAAUCAAGUUGCAUACUUUUAAUUUUUCAUUUUACA